AGGAAAUCUCCACAAGGAGCCCCACCCUUCCUGAGCCACGCCCUUGACAUUCUUUGUAAGCAAUGAUGAUGACCUUUCAGUUCUUUCUACUGAUUGCCUUAUCCUUUAAAGUAGUAAGCACCAAUACUCUUCCAACAAAUGAAGAAUAUUUGAAUAUAACUAAUCUUGACGAGAUAUUGCAAGCAUUAGAAAAACAGAAUUUUGAAGUAGCUAAGUGGAGAGACCUGUGUCUUGUUCUUGGGAUAUAUAAACCUACUCUGAAUGGCAUAGAGGCUACUAAUCAGCAUCAUGGUGUGGAUCGUUGUCUUCAGGAAUGUUUGAGCUCUUGGCUGUCGAAAGCUGAUAAAGUGAAACAGAAAGGUGGUCCCACUUGGUACUCAUUGAUAGUUGGACUUAGAAACAUUAAAGAAAUUAAUACUGCUGAUAAAAUUCACAGAAACAAGCAUUCACAAGAGCAUCCUGCUUGUGAGAUUUUUGAGCGAUAUACGUCAGAUUCAUCUAUUCAGAAAAAUCUUCUUAGCCUAGUCAACCUCCUCUAUGGAGAAAAAAUAGUAAAAAAGGUACUAUGGCCUAAAGAUGGAAGGGAGUUACUACAACACAUUGGAAAUAGCAUUUGUGUAAACUAUCAAAUUCUUGAAGCUUUUGGAGUUGUUUUACAACAAUCACCUGUCACUAUGAGUAUAGGUCGUAAUAUUUUAAAGGAAUACAAAAGAAGAUUUCCUGAAAAAAAAGACGUGACAAGUAGCGACAAUAAAAAUGUUCAUUUCGUUGCAAGUUCAGACUUAAAUUUUACUAAACUAAGAGGAGAGUUUGCUGAUGCAAUUUUUGACAUAAACCAGGCUAUGAUUGAUAAGCCUAGUUUACAAGAGUUGUAUCAGUAUCUUCGUUGGGGUUACAAACACCUCCGUCCUCACUUGCGUGACUGUGAAAAUAGAGCUGAUAUUUUAAACCUGAUCAGUGAGCAUAGUUCAUUAAUAGACAUUGGCCUACUGGAAUCCAUUGUCUUCAAGUUCAAUAUUGAGGAGGCUAAACCAGCAAUCCAGAAGUACAAGGAAAAUGUCAAUAAAUUUCGACAAUCACUUAGACAUGUUUUAGAUGAAAAAUUCUUUCAUCGUCAUCUCCUUCAGUCUGAAACAAUUACAUUUUCUAUUGACCAGGAUGUUGAUGGUAUUACUUUAAAAGAUGUGGAAAAAUUGAUAAAAGCUGCUUUCAAAGAGCAUGCACCUUGUAUUAGGGUCCAUGUUAUCUCAGAAAGCAAUUCUUUUACAGUCACAUGUUCCUUUCCUUUACUUUUGUAUGAGGAAAUUAAUCUAGCUGCUAUGGAAAAUAUUGAAGCUUUAAAGGAAAAAGGAUUACAAAGACUGACCAUUGGUUUUAACACAGUCUAUGACAAAGCUUGUGAACAACAGUUAGAUACAGAAGAUGACCACUGCUCCCAAUCAAUACACAGUGGUAGACUGGAACAAAUGGCAAUCUAUAUCAGUGUGAAACAACUAAAUGAAGCUCAUGAUAAAGAGGAUCAUACUAGCACGAAUAGCUAUCUAGAUAUGGUGUCUAGUGUAUCAUCAUGGCUGCUAAUUCUUCUAAUAUUAUUCAUCACAACAAUUUAUGUGCUAGUCAAGCCAGUACUCACAGACCAAAAGAGGGAAGCAAAAAGUACACAGGAGACACUAGAUAAAGAAUCCCAAGCACACCUACAGACUAAUAUUGAAGAAACAGAACAAGCUCGUGAUACAAAUGACAAAGAACUUAAAAGAUCAGAUUCAGAUGGAGCUGAUGCUGCCCCACACACUUGGAGGCAUUUUAAACGUGCACCUAAAGAAGUGAUAAUCAUUGGAUCAUUUGGGAAUCAUGAACAAUGGAAGCUACCAGGAACAAUUGUAUCACCAAAGUCAAUUCCUGUUGGUCUAGAAGGAUCGUAUGAAGAUUGGAUUGCAGAGGAGAUUAAAAGCAUAGUUGAAAUUUAUGAAAAAAAUUCAAAAAGAUAUGAAUUGAAAGACAUUCCAGAAAAGGGAAAGUCAAGACAGUUUUAUCUUGAUAAAAUUAAAUCAUUAUUUGAAAACUGUAAGAAGGAUGAAGCUCUCAUAUAUUACACUGGUCAUGGAGAGAAGGACACUGGUAACUGGUGCUUUAAAGAUGGAGUGAUAUCAUUCAAUGACAUCUUUGAAUUAUACAUGAUGCAUUUCAGGGGCAAGUCUCUACAAAUAGUGUCUGAUUGCAGCUAUUCUGGAAAAUGGAUACACGAUUGUGGAAAAAAACUAGAUGAAUAUGGAAUUCUGUCUUGUGGACACAAAACCAGGGAACAAAAGAUGCUAUUUAAGAUUUUCACAUCAUGUCAACCUCAUGAAGAAGCUACACUACUCACAUACAGCAGAAAAGGAAUGAAAUACAGCGAAGAAGAUGAAGGUGUUGUUAUAAAUUAUGACGAAGAAAUUAAAAUGGAACCAGCUCAAAAAGGACAAAACCCAAUGCUGGUUGACUUCAGACACAUCCACUGCUACAAGAUGCCUGGAGACCAGUGUGAGUUGGACUCUACCUGCACUUGGGAGGAUCGUCUUAGCAAAAAAAGAGAGCGAAUUGUAUUACUGGUUGACAAUAAACACAACAAGUUUCCCAGUUGGUAUUAUUUGCUAAUUUCUGAAGACGCCUUUGAUGAAUUCAAAGGUAAGCAGGAGAAGGGAAACAUUGGAAUUGAGAAAGUCUUAUACUCUGGACCAGGAAAGAAUCCUCCCAGUGAUGUGAAGAAAAAACUCAACCUGAGAUUUGAUAUGAACACUUAUGCUUCAUACGAAUACACUGAUCACUGAUUUUUAUGAUAACUUGAAUAUUUUUAUUUUUAGUAGAUUCGUUAGUUUCA